AAGAAAAAUAAUAAAAGUGUAUUUUUUCAUAAAACACAAAGAAAACUGACGCACAAGAAACAAAAGAACAGAAUAAUACAUCAACAGAAUUUUUUUUUUUUUUUAAAAAAAGGCCAAAACAAAUUUCAAACAAUCCACUCCCUGCCUCUAAAUUUCUCUCUAUCUCUCCAUGUUUCUCAAUUGAUAACCCAAAGCUGCAGAUUAAAGAAAGGGGCGCUGUUUAAUUUAUCUGGUGGCUGCUCCAAACAUUUAACUAUCUGGCAAGGUGUAUGUGUUUGUAUGUACAUUUUGUCUUGUACGCAGACGUCUGUGUGCGUACGUGUUUCUAUUUCUGUGUAUUUAUACUCCAUUGCGUACAUACUGGAAUUAUGAUUCCACAUGAUUUCUUGCUAUAUUUGUUAUAAAUGUAUCUGCAUAUAAUGGUACUUCCUUUCCGAUGGAAUUGAGUUUAUGCUUGCAGUUUUUGUCAAAUUGAAAGCUUUCCUUUUUCCCCCCUCCAUACUGGAUAUCUUCAGGAUCAGUUGAAUUUUGUUUUUACAAAGUCCAGUUUGCUAAAACGGAGCAGAAAGCUCUUAUCUUUUAUUUUGUUUUUUUGGGUUUUGAAUUGCGACUACAUCCAUCAGAUUGUCCAAAAUACUACUAAAUUUCAUUGCUAGUUUUAUGGUUUAUUAUGAAACUUGUAAUUUUUCACAUAUUCUUAUAGUUCCCUGUUCACGGAAAACAGGUUUCUUGACUAGAUAAAAGGCUCAUUGGAAUCAGAAUAAGCUAACAUCAUGAGAUACAAAAAAGGGAGCGAAGUCGAAGUAUUUUGUAAAGAUGAGGUGCCGUCCGGCUCCUGGCGUUGUGGGCAGAUAAUAUGUGGCAACGGUCACCAUUACACCAUCAGGUGCAUUAUAGGAGCUAAGGAUGCGGCAAUAUUUGAGAGAGUCUCUAGGAAGUCAAUUAGGCCAUGCCCUCCUGUUGUUCAUGUAUCUCGGAGCUGGAUGCCUGGUGAUGUUGUUGAGAUGUUGCACAAUUACUCUUGGAAGAUGGCUACGGUCUCAAAGGUUUUAAAGGGAAACCACUUUUUGGUCAGGCUUGUCGGAUCCUCGAAUGAGUUCAAGGUUCACAAGUUUGAUAUCCGGCUGAGGCAAUCUUGGAUGGAUGGGAAAUGGAUCGUGGUUGGAAAGGGUUUUGGAAAUUAUGAUGAAGAGAAAUACUGUGAACAGCCAUGUUUCAAAUAUGAUUAUAUAUCAGGCUCCUUUAAGGGGAUAAAAGCAAAAUUAGAUUCCCACGAAGAAAAGGACAGUGUUGGUACUGUAAACAACAUCAACUUCCAGGAAUCACAUGUAGUUUCCAAGAAAAAUCUAAAGAGAGUGUCUCACAAUGUUUACCCUCAAGCUAAAGCACCUGAAAGUGCUCGAAAGUUUAGAGCCAUCGAAAAAGGUGGUAGACAUCAUCGAGUGAUUGUUGCUGAUCCUUCCCCGUUGCCUGAGAAGGUAGAAAAUUAUCCUCAUCCAAAGAAAUUGCCAGGAGAAAAGGACACAUGUUAUCUUUUAAACAAUAAAACUACAAUUUUCUCUCAAACGGAUGAAGGGCGGAUAAGAAUCAUCGAUGUUGCACAAUUUUCAAAUUCAAGAACUUCAGAUUGUAAUGAUGUGGAUGAUGAUGUGAGCUCUGUUGGCAGCUGUUCUAUUGGUUGGGACAAUCGCAUUAAGUGGCCUUCUAGGAUCUUGGCAUGUCCUGUUGGAUAUGCUGACGAUCAUUCCAGUGAUGCUGAGUCUGUUUGUCCGCUAAAUAAAGAGGAAGAUAACUAUUUACAACCCAGUGAAGAGGAGUUGGCUGUGGAAAUUCAUAGGUUAGAGUUGCAUGCCUAUCGCUGCACUCUGGGGGCUUUAUAUGCGUUAGGACCUUUAAGUUGGGAACAAGAAACGUUGAUGACAAACCUUCGUAUUUCCCUUCAUAUAUCAAAUGAUGAGCAUUUGAUGGAGUUAAGGAACUUAACAUCUAGUGCAACCGGCAUCCACGUUAGUUGACAGAAAACUGAUAUCGGCCCAUUUGGAGGCUCGUACGUCUUGAUUAGUUCUAAUGGUGAUGUUCGGUUUGCCUCCUUUCUCUUGAUGUAGACAAUGGGGCAACAUCAGCAUCAAACUAGCUAAAGCAGGUUAUUACACCAAUUUUGGUAUGAUUCAUGUUACUAUUUGCUGCCUUCUUGGUUUCCACUCACUGCCUAGUGGCUACUAGAGUUAAAAAGCAUUCCACAACGUAGGAUACAAAUUGACUGUAGGAUAGGAGUUGCGUACCCUGACCACUAGCCUUGUUAUGCUAAUUGACUAUGAUGUAGGAUACAAGUUAUGUACCCUGACCACUUGUCUUCUGUUCUGGUAAUGCGAAAGCAAUUCUUUUUCCAAAUAAAGUACAUGCUGUUGAACAUCCUUCAGCUAUGCUUCCAACACCGAGCUCUGCUAACUUGAGCCCAGGCAGAUUUCCAAUCAUGUUGCGGUGAUUUAUGGAAGCUGUGAUUUUGUUUCUGGUGGAGGAAAUGGAAAAUUGGUGAGAAAAUGGUUUGCCGGAUUCCUUUACAGACUGUCACAGAUUGGCGUCUCUCCUGGUGUGAUCUUACUCUCAUGCUGUUGUAAUUAAUAUGAUUUGGCCUUUGCAAUUCCACAUAUUAAUAAUCUCUAACUGCUUUGGAGUUCAGCUGGUUGUAUAUCUUCAGCUGAAGGGAAUGCACAAGUCCGAGUGUCUCCAUGCUGAGUGGUACAACUACUUAAUAAUCUGCGCUUUGCAUGUGUGAAACCUGAAGCUCGAUGUUGUCAAGAAUUCGCGUCUUUUUGAGCUAGACUAUUGGUACUUGGCAUGCUGGCGGGAGAGACUAAAAGGAAAUAAAGUUUGGAAUGUCUGGUUUGUUAAAUUUUUUUGGAGAAAGCGAGAUUACAGCCUUGCAUUGGGGUGGCAUAUUUUAGUUCAUAUAUUCCUAUUUAUAUUUUCAGAAUUGAAUGGAUCAGCAGGUAGGAAAAUUUGACUUCCAAACGUAGAAAUGCCCUUGCGACUUUGAACAAUUGUGUUAUCUGUGUCUUGCACAAUAAGCUCUUAGUUUAAAUCAUGUGGAGUUGUCA